AUUGAUUCGUCAGUUCUGCGAUCAUUCAGCAUCAUGCCUGAACCAGCCAAGUCUGCGCCUAAGAAGGGCUCCAAGAAGGCCGUCACGAAGACCGCCGGUAAGGGAGGAAAGAAGCGCAGAAAGUCCAGGAAGGAGAGCUACGCCAUCUACGUGUACAAAGUGCUGAAGCAGGUUCAUCCUGACACCGGCAUCUCCUCCAAGGCGAUGGGCAUCAUGAACUCUUUCGUCAACGACAUCUUCGAGCGCAUCGCCGGUGAGGCGUCUCGUCUCGCUCACUACAACAAGCGCUCCACCAUCACGUCGAGAGAGAUCCAGACCGCCGUGCGUCUACUGCUGCCCGGUGAGCUGGCCAAACACGCCGUGUCUGAGGGCACCAAGGCCGUCACCAAGUACACCAGCUCCAAGUAGAGUCCCCGAGACUCCCACACACCCAAAGGCUCUUUUAAGAGCCAC